AUGUUUAAGAAACUUGAGAUAAACAUUCCACUUUCGGAAUCUCUAGAGCAGAUGCCAAUAUAUGCCAAAUUCAUGAAAGACAUCAUCGCCAAAAAGCGCUCCACAAAUGUGGACCCAAUCAUCCCCACUGAAACUUGCAGUGUUAUUUUCCAAGGUAUGAAAAUUCAUGUGAAAAAGAAAUAUAGAGGUUCUAUUACUAUUCCUUGCACUAUUGGUGAUCGAAAAUUCAAGAAGUCUCUGAUUGAUUUGGGAGCUAGUGUGAGUUUGAUGUCACUACCCAUUUAUACAAAAUUGGGCCUUGGCACCGUUCAAGACACUAGGAUGACCCUUCAGUUUGUUGAUCGCUCAGUUAGGCGAUCAUAUGGAAUUGUGUAA